AGAGAGAAACAUUGGUUAAAGAGAGAGAGAGAGAGAGAGAGUGGAAGAAACAGAAGCAGAGGAAGAAGAGAAGACCAUAGCAGUAGCAUGGAUUCUUCUCCGUCUUCUCUCGCUUCGUGCCCACGCCAUCCUUACACCAAUUGACACAACUCAGAAAGGGACCGAUUCCCAUUCCAUUAUUCCCCCUUUCAGCACUCUGGCUGACAUAAAGGCAACCCUAAACUCCAUCUCCUCCAUUCUCGUCGAUCGCUUCCAUUUCAACUCCAACGCCAAGAACAAGAGAAGACGCUUUCGCCGCGUUCAAAUGUUGUGGUUAAUGAGAUUCUCCGGCUUCUUCUCCGCCGCAAUGCUCCUCAUUCUCCUCUCCCCUUCCCUCCAAUCCUUCCACCCUGCCGAAGCCAUACGCUCCUCCCACCUCGACGGUUACCUCCGUCUCCCGCUUCAGAUGCCACCUUCCGACCGAUUCUCCUUCCGCAGAGCCUCCGCAUUCCGCAAUGCCGAUAAAUGUGGUUCCAACUGGAGCGGCGUCUGCGACCCUUCCCUUGUCCACGUCGCCAUCACUCUCGACCUCGAAUACCUCCGCGGCUCAAUCGCCGCCGUUCACUCCAUCCUACAGCAUUCGCAGUGCCCGGAGAACAUUUUCUUCCACUUCCUGGUGUCGGAGACCGAUUUGGAGGCGCUCGUGAAAUCCACUUUUCCUCAAUUGAAGUUCAAGGUGUAUUACUUCGAUCCGGAGAUUGUGAGGAACCUGAUCUCGACCUCGGUCAGGCAAGCCCUGGAGCAACCGUUGAACUACGCCAGGAAUUACCUGGCGGAUCUUCUGGAGAGCUGCGUGGGGAGAGUGAUAUACCUGGAUUCCGAUCUGGUGGUGGUGGAUGACAUUGCCAAACUGUGGAGCACGAGCCUGGGUUCUAGAACCAUCGGAGCUCCGGAAUACUGCCACGCGAACUUCAGCAAGUAUUUCACGCCGUCGUUUUGGUCGGAGGCGCGGUUUUCGGCGACGUUUCGGGGGAGAAGGCCGUGCUAUUUCAAUACAGGGGUGAUGGUGAUAGAUCUGGUGAGGUGGAGGAGGAACGGGUACACGCGGCGGAUAGAGAGGUGGAUGGAGAUUCAGAAGAGCGAUCGGAUCUAUGAACUGGGCUCGCUUCCACCGUUUUUGCUGGUUUUCGCGGGACACGUGGCGCCCAUUGAGCACCGCUGGAACCAGCACGGUUUGGGUGGCGAUAACGUGAAGGGGAGUUGCCGGGACCUGCACGCUGGGCCUGUUAGCCUUUUGCAUUGGUCCGGUAGCGGCAAGCCCUGGCUCCGUUUGGACUCCAAACGGCCAUGCGCACUCGAUACUCUGUGGGCCCCAUACGAUUUGUACGGACACACGCACUGAUUGUUCAACCAGCCAUAAGCAAGGGUAGUCGCCGGUAAAUUCUCUUCAGCUUCAGUCCACGACUGCUUUGUCUAUUUCUUUCUCUCUCUUUUUUUCAUUUAAUUUAAUUCUCAUUUCGGUUCAAUUUUUUCCCCUUCCUUGAUUAUUAUUUUGUCCCCUCUUCUAUUCUAUUCUCCUUACUGUGAACAGAUCAGAUAUCUACCCAUUUUUCACUAGUUUUUCGUGUAUUUCUUCUUAUUUAGACUUCGUUUCUCAGGCCAUUUGUAUUCAAUUGUUCUAUCUUAGAUUCUGUGGUUCUUGCUCUGAAAAUAAAUAAAAUAAUAAAGAAAGAACGGGUGGAUCUUCUAAUUUCUUCUUCUUGUCAUUUUAAGUUGAGCGAUGAUCUGUAGGGGUAUGAAUGAACACGGAUUAAAAACUCUGUCCUCUUUAGGGAAGUGGAAAUUGGGAAGAGAGCCUAAUUAUUGUGCUUUCUCAACAACCUGUUAAUUUAAAUAACUGCAACUAACAUGAUUAAAUUUUGAUUUAUUUGUUUCGUAGCUGGUGUCUCUUUGGGUUCGUUUUUUAUCACUGGGAAUUAAACUAUGCUGUCUUGAAUUUGAGUGGGAAGUGGGAAGAGAACAUAAUAAGUGUGUUUUUUA